AUGCAAUCGUUGGCCAAUCUUGCAUCGAAUAUAAUUGAUCGAGAAGCAUUUGCAUCAUGUACAAACGAUUUUUCUCGUAUAUCAUAUCUUCUAUCAUGUUCUGAAUUUGUUUCACUUCUACAAAAAUCAUUAUUAGAUGAACAAACAACAUAUUUAAAAUGUUCAAAAACAUCUACUGAAUAUCGUGAAAAAGGCAAUGAAGCCUAUGCAUCUCAUAAUAAUAAUCUUGCACUAACAUUUUAUAAUCAAGCAAUUCGUUAUGCUCCAUCAUAUUCUCGUGAACUUUCACUUGCUUAUGGAAAUCGAUCAGCAACAUUAUUUAAUCUUAAAUAUUAUUAUUUAGCAUCACAAGAUGUACAUCGUGGACUUAAUCUUUUAUCAUUAAAUGAAGAAGAUGAUAAACGUCGAGAACGUCUUGAACAACGUUUACAACAAUGUCUUAAAAAUAAAUCUGAAGAAAUACAAACAAAUGAUAAUGAAAAUAAUCGAGUCGAAAAUGAACUUGAACAAUUAAAAUCUAAUCAAACAUUUAAUGUUAAUUAUCCAAGUUUAACAACAUAUGCUGAUAUUCAUACUUCAUUAGAUCGUGGUCGACAUGUUGUUUCAGCUAAUAUAUCAUCAUUAUUAAAAUCUGGUACAAUUAUUCUAAUUGAACAAGCAUAUGCAUCCGUUUUAUUACCAUCAGCAUGGUUGACACAUUGUCAUACGUGUUUACGUCGACUGCAUCUUAUUUUAUUUUCUUGUUCUCAAUGUACACGAGCAGUUUAUUGUUCAUUAGAUUGUCUUCAACAAUCAAUAGUUUGGCAUGCAUUUGAAUGUCGACUUACAAUUGAUCGUCUUGAUAAAAUGCAAUUAUUAGCAUUACGUUUAAUAACUAAAACUGGUUGGCAAUAUUUAUAUAAAAAUAAAUUAGAAUUUGAAAAUUAUCUUAAACAAAAUAGUACAGAAUAUCAAAUAGAAAAUCAUAAACAAAAAAUUUAUGAAUGGAAUAAUUAUGAAAAUAUUUUAAAAUUAGAAACAAAUUCACAUAAACGUACAAUUGAUGAUUUAUUUCAACGAUCAAUUCAAGCAUGUAUUAUUGGUUUAUCACUUAUUAAUAAUACAUCAUUUUCUCGAGAUGCAUAUGAAAAAAUAGAUUAUCAAAUAUAUAUUUGUUCAUUAAUUUUAUCUCAUCUACAAUCAUUACCAUGUAAUGCACAUGAAAUAUCAGAAUUUAUUUAUCAUCGUUUAUCACCACUUUCAUCAUCUUGUAUUGAAAUUGGUGCAGGUAUAUAUGCAACAUUAAGUUUAUUUAAUCAUUCAUGUAAUCCAAAUGUUAUACGAAAUUUUAUUGGUAAAACUGUAAUUGUUCGUCUUCUUAGUUCUAUAUCAUCAAAUAAUAUUGAAUUAUUAGAUAAUUAUGGUUGUUUAUCAGCAACAAUGGAUAAAAAUGAACGACAAAAAAAACUUGAUGAACAAUAUCAUUUUGAAUGUCAAUGUCAACCAUGUAUCGAACAAUGGCCAAAUUAUGAUCAAUUACCUGAAGGAACAGGUGAAAAAAAUAUAACAUCAAAAAAAUUUGAUGAAGCAUUUAAACGUUUAAUUGAUGGUGAAAGACCUUCAAUAAAUGAUCUAAAUAUAUUUGAAGAAUUUAUUGCUCAAUGUGAUGAACAAAUGCAAGAAAAUAAAAAUGUUAAAGGAAAAGUUUAUAAUAAUGCACAAGAAGCAUAUAAACAAUGUUUAAAUUUUUUCUAUCAUUCAAUUCAUAUAGAAGAUUAG